UGUGUGUGUAUAAUUUUUCUUUAUUGUAGAAAAACCUGCAAAAAGGAGGAAGGGGAAAGAAGUGCGUGCUCUCUUUCGGAGAGUAUGUAAGACUGUAAAGCACCCUUUCCUUCGCCGCAAAGCCAACAGAAUGGACCAUCUAACAUCACAUCCGGACCCAAAUGAUUCAGAGCUGACACCUGUCCCAGGUCUCUGCAGGACCACACCAGUGGCUGACACAGAUGCUGCCGAACCUGAGCCGCUGUGUGCACCGGGUCUCUCCAGGAUCGAGCAGGUGCCAGACGUGGAUCUGGCUGAUCUUGAGUCAUCACCUGUGGCAGAUCCAUCCAAUUCUGCUCUGGGCAACAAAAAACUCAGAAAGGCGAGGAAGAGGAAAGCAGUCUGUGCUUUCUUUAAGAGAUUACGUACGCCUGUAAAGCACCUCUUCCUCUGCUGUGACCUGAACAGAGUCCAGCAUCUGACCCCAGAGCCAGAUCUAGACGAUUCUGAGCCAAUGCCUGCCCAAGCUACAUCCGAGAUCAAGUCAGCAGAUGAAGUGGUUCCUGUUGAGGCCGAGCCAGUGUGUCUGCAGAACCAUCUCUGUGUAGAUCUCCAGUCCUCGUCUGUGCAAUCAGCCGAUGCAGAUGCAGAUCCAGAUUUGUCGCAUGUGUCAGAUUUGUCUGAUUCGGAGUCUGAACUGGAUUGUGGUGAGUCAUUAUUAGCUUUGAUUUAUGUUGUUUCUGCCCUGUUUUAUUUUCUGUGUUCUUUGCUGCUCCUCUGUUAACCUAAUACUCUGACUUCCCUUCAAGUAACUGCUUGUUGUUGAUUUGGAUUGAAUCUGAAUCCAAAGGAUGACAGUGUUUUUGAUUUCUUUAAACAGAUUUAAUUUGAUGUGUUCAUUUCAGAAAAUGAAAGGAAAGUCUCAUCUAUGUCUGUGUUCUUUUCCUGUGUGUUUUUCAGGAUCUACGUUCUAAAAAAU